CCAAUUUUUAAUAAAUUGCAUCGAAUUGAAUCCUCAUCCAUUGUUCGUGAGCAUUGAGCAAGACUGAGAAUUGGAGUUGAGAGAAGAUUAAAAUGACAUCGAAUAUCAUGGAAAAAUGGCGCAAGUUUUUUGAGGCUGCAGAUUGUGAUAUAUUCACUGUGAUUGAGGCUGCAAUUCUCGUUGCAGCUUUUGAUUGCCCCAAUGAAUUGAGAAAAAGAAGAGACAAGAUUGCUGAGACACUUUUCACAUCUUCUUCUGCUGAUGCUAAUUCUAAUUCUGCUACGUCCUCUCAAGAGGAAGACCAAGAUCAUUCCGGAAAUGCCGAAGAAAAAGAUCAGGAAGAUCAUUCCGGAAAUGCCAAAGAAAAAGAUCAUUCUGGAAACGGGGAAGAAAAAAAUCAGUCUGAAAAUGCGGAAGAUCCAAAGCAGAGUGUAAACCAUGUGGUUACCAUUUCUCACGAGUGUAAAUCGAAGUCUGCCGAUGAGAAAUUUUUAAGAGAGAAGAUGGAAGCAUCCAAGAGAAGACUGCAACAAGGGUACCAGCAAGCAGAAACAGCGAAGAAGCGACGCACAGUUCAAGCAAUCGAACUGCAAGAUCUGCCGAAACAGCUUGGAAGACCUAUUUUUCAUCAGUCCAAACAGCAUGGAAGACCUAUUUUUCGAAUCAAGUAAUUUCAGCUUAUUUCAUUAUCUCUGGUGAAGGGAAUAUAUCCGGCUCCUUUAGGGCAUCCCAAUUAUGUAUGUAAGAGAGAGAAAAAUUUCAUGUUAUUUUGACAAAAUCUGUAAGCUAUCGUCUCAUAAACUUCGCAUAUCCUCUGGAAAUGGAUUUCAAAAUUAUAAG